CAGGGCCAGUUAGAGUUGGCGGUUCGACUUCAACAUGGCCGAAGCAAACAGUGCCAGUGUAGGAAGCGGCUGUGAGGAAAAGGGGCCUGACGGAUCGCCUGCCGAAUCUGUGCCCCACAGCACUACCAUUUCCAGGCUGAAGCUCCUCGACACCACAGUCGAUACUUUUCUCCAGAAGCUGAUAGCCGCCGGGAGCUACCAGAGAUUCACAGACUGUUACAAGUGCUUUUACCAGCUGCAACCUGAGAUGACACAGCGAAUCUAUGACAAGUUCAUGACCCAGCUGCAGACAUCUGUCCGGGAGGAGAUCUCCGACAUCAAAGCAGAGGGCAACCUGGAGGCUGUCUUGAACGCUUUGGAUACAAUUGCGGAAGAAGGCAAAGACCGCAAGGAGCUUGCCUGGCGCCCUAGUGGGAAACCGGAGGAAGACCUGCGCAGCACCUUGAUGCCCUACUUCCUGCAGCAGCGGGAUGCCCUGCAGCGCUGUGUGCGGAAACAGGAGGCUGAGAACAGGCAACUGGCAGGCGCCGUCCUGGCCGGGCGCAGGCAGGUGGAGGAGCUGCAGCUGCAGGGCCAGGCCCAGUGGCAGGCCUGGCAGGCUCUCCACAGAGGACAGAAAGAACUGGUGGCUGUGCUGAGGGAGUCUGAGUAAGAGGAAGAUAGCCAAGCCCAGGAGCAAAAGGUGGUCAAGGUCAAAGUCAUCCUGUGGCAAGCUGCCCCUGAGAACAGCUAAAACGUUGCCCCACCCCUAAGCAGGGAUGGAAUUUGCUGGGGGACGACAUCUGAGCAGUCCCCACUGCCACUGUGCCUUGGGACUCAAGGUGUCACAUGCGCGUGCAUGCACGCACACACACACACACACACACCUUCAGAUUCCUCUGUUUCCUUAUAACGAGAAUUCUUGGCCGGGUCCCACCUGGGAAUCAGCCAUCAUGCCUUCUCUCCUCUAGGUUCUGGCCGACACCUACCUCCACCCCACCCCACACAUCCCUGCCUCUUCCUGGGCCCUCCCUGGGACCUGGCUUGGGGAAUCUGUUUUCAAUCUCCACUGAUUGCCAUGUACUCUCCACAUCCGUAAAUAAACUUCCUGCACUGCA